UCUGUGACCUUUGAGGACGUGGCCGUGACCUUCACUCGGGAGGAGUGGGGGCAACUGGACCUGACCCAGAAGAGUCUGUACCAGGAGGUGAUGCUGGAGAACUGUGGGCUUCUGGUCUCUCUGGGGUAUCCUGUGCCUGAACCUGAGGCGAUCUACGAGCUUGAGCUCAGACAGGAAGUAAAGGCUGUGAAGAGAGCUCUGUCCCAGUGGACUUGUCCAGCAGACAAAACAAGACUUGAGACCACAGAGCCAACCUCUCCUGAGCCAGUCUUGUAUGAGAAAGCCUCAGUCCAGGGGCGACUAAAACAGAGACCCUCCUGGGAUUCCCAAGUCGGACAAGACAGGAGUCAGGAGGGACCACCAGAAAUGCAGGACCAACAUUUGAGACCAGAGAUAGACCCCCAAAAGGAGCAACUUUCUGAUAAAAUCAGCCCUGAGUUUUUGGAGACAGCUGAAGGAGAAUGUUCAAGGAUUCUACAGGAACGAGUCUCUCCAGGAGAUUCCCUCCCUGACAGUGACUCACGUGGCCCUGGCUCACAUGAAGACGACGUGGCUCACGACGAGAGACAUCCCUACGUGUGCAAGGACUGCGGGAAAGUGUUCAACAAGAAGCGUCUCCUUGCUCAACACGAGCGCAUUCACUCUGGAGUGAAGCCCUAUGAAUGCACAGAGUGUGGGAAAUUCUUCCGAAAGAGCACAUACCUCCUUCAGCACCACAUGGUCCACACCGGGGAGAAGCCGUACGAGUGCAGAGACUGUGGGAAGGCCUUCAACCGCAGAUCACACCUCACCCAGCACCAGCGGAUCCACAGCGGGGAGAAACCUUACAAGUGCAGUGAGUGUGGGAAGGCCUUCACCCACCGCUCCACAUUCGUCUUGCACAAAAGGAGCCACACUGGGGAGAAACCAUUUGUUUGCAAAGAGUGUGGGAAAGCCUUUCGUGACCGGCCAGGUUUUAUCCGGCACUACCUCAUUCACAGUGGGGAGAACCCCUACGAGUGCUUUGAGUGUGGGAAGGUCUUCAAACACAGAUCGUACCUCAUGUGGCACCAGCAGGCUCACACUGGGGAGAAACCCUAUGAAUGCAGUGAGUGUGGGAAGGCCUUCUGUGAGAGUGCAGCCCUCAUUCACCACUACAUCAUCCACACCGGGGAGAAGCCCUUUGAGUGCACAGAAUGCGGGAAGGCCUUCAACCACCGGUCGUACCUCAAGAGGCACCAGCGGAUUCAUACUGGGGAGAAGCCCUACGUGUGCAGCGAAUGUGGAAAGGCCUUCACCCACUGCUCCACUUACAUCUUGCAUAAAAGGGCCCACACUGGGGAAAAACCUUUCGAGUGUAAAGAGUGUGGAAAAGCCUUCAGCAGUCGAGCUGACCUCAUUCGACACUACACUAUCCAUACUGGAGAAAAGCCCCAUGAAUGCAUCGAGUGUGGGAAGGCUUUCAGCCGCAGAUCUGGCCUCACGAGACACCAGCGAAUUCACAGUGGCGAGAAGCCCUACGAGUGCAUCGAAUGUGGGAAAACUUUUUGCUGGAGCACGAAUCUCAUUCGGCACUCUAUAAUCCACACUCGAGAGAAGCCCUAUGAAUGCAAUGACUGUGGGAAGGUCUUCUGUCGCAGCUCAGCCCUCACUCAGCACCAAAGGAUUCAUACGGAGAGAAGCCCUAUCCGUGUGACCAAUGUGGAAAGACCUUUCAACAGCGGCCAAACGUCAGUCAACAUCCAAGAACUCCUUCUGGCCAAAGACUUUUUGAAUGUAUCCACUGAGAAAGAUCUUUGGACAGAGGGAUCAUCUUACUCAGCAUCUGAUGGUUCACAUCAAAGGGAAAGCUCACAGGUGUCAUCCCUGCGAAAUGAUGCUCUGUGA